AGUGGUGCGCAUGCGCGCGCACCGUGACAAGGUGCGGCGGAGCCCAGAUCCUCAGAAUCCACCCGGUCCCCGACAGGCUCCCAUCCCUUCCUCAGAACACCAGGACCCCGACACACUCACACCCAGCAGAACCAGGUGCAGACAUGCUGGAAAAAUCCAACAGCCAAUAUGACUCCUUCCUGUUCUGGAAGCAGCCAAUCCUGGCCCCGGAUCUAUCGGAGCUGGAGGUUGCGAUGGAAGGCAAGGCCGGCCACGCCCCCCCAGGACGGGCCCGGACCGCCCUAAAGAGAUCCCAGGAGGAGGUGGCGUGUGCAGAGUACUCCUCCUUCAACUACUGGAGGGCGCCCAUCGCCGACAUCGACUCCCUGAUGGCCGACCUCGACCUGCUGCUGCUGUAGCUGCUCUCCUCCUCCUCUCCUGCUCCUCCUGCUCCUCUCUGUCCUCUUCCUCCCUCUCUGAACGCUACAGAUCUGCUCUUUAUUUCCCUCCUCGAGUUAAAUGUUGAGCUUUGAUACCAGCUGGGGAGACGGAGGAAGACAUUUUAGGACGGCGUCCAUUUCAUGCCUAGGGUAGACAUCGCGACAGGGAGGUUGCCAUGGGAACUGACUUGUCAUUAUAACAAAACCGGGGGUCCCUGUUUAAAACCAGUGAGCUCGCCUCCAGAUCAAAGACUAUUGGUCCAGAGCCGACUCGCUUACUGUCAUUUAAGGGAGCUUUACAGUCAACCUUUUUACCAAAACAUAUUUUGUAAUGAAAGGAGACUGUACACCAUCAUUUAGAUAACUUGCAGCUGUUGGCCGUCCUAUUGAUCCUUUUGUUGCCCUGACAACCUGCUGUUUUAAUUUAUUGCAUUCUAUUUGUCACUAGCCAUCUCCAUGGUGAUCUGAGUGCAAUGCCUGAUGGGAAACGUAGUCACAUGACAGACUGUUGAAAAGUGAAUGUAAUGUUGAGAUGAAGUACAAAUGGUAGUCCUGAGUUAACUUUGACCUCCGGUACUGGGGCUGAUGUUUAAAGAGGCGUGGCUGUAGAAGGUCUGUGUGCUAAACACGCACACUGACACAAGUUUGGAAGGGCGAAUGACUGGUUGGCAUUUUGCACAUCUCAAUAACAAUAAAGCUUGUAAGCAACCGACCGCUGUGUGUUUUACUCUCU